UUUUUUUUUUCUCUCUCUCUAUCUUUUUUUUUACUCUUCUUCUUUUUCUUUUAUUGUUAUCAUUACAUAAAAGAGUUUAAUCUAUUAUCUUGAUUUGAAUAUAUAUUUUAUAAUUAAAUGCCAGUUCCUGUUGAAUAUAGUUCGAUUCGUCGUAUGAGUACAAUUACCAUACCUAAACAAGAUAUUAACUUUGAUGCUUAUGAUUUUCAGCUUUGCGUGCCACAAAAUGAUAUUAAAGAUGCUUUUGAAUCAAAGGAUCUUGAAGCUUCGUUUUGUCGUGAUUUUGCUUGCUGUGGUCUUGUCCUUGAAGAUUUACAUGACCUCUUGCAACAUUAUGAGGAAUGUCAUGUACGUAUAGAAAGUGAUGAUGGAUCAUUCUUUGAUGAAGAAGACGCUUGGUCUUCUCCUUCUCUAUCUUUUGCUUCUCUUGAUGAUUCUGUUCCAACAAGUCCCGCAGCUGCUUAUUUAUCUGAUCUUUAUAACACAACACAUGAAGAACAAAAACAAGAAGAGGUAGAAGAAAAGGAAAAGGAAAAAGAAAAGGUGAAAUCAAGUCAAGAAACGACUACUUCUGCAGUUAAAAAGACAUCCAAUCAUAAUCAUAAAAAGAGAACUUAUAGUCAAUAUAGUAGUAGUCAUCAUCAUCAUCAAACACCUUCUGCUUUAGAUCUUUUAACACAAUCUGCUGUAAAGAAAUUAGCUAUGGCAUCUUCUUCAUUAAAUGGAGGUGAUGUUCCUACACCUAUUUUAACAGAUGAAGAAUUUCUUGCCCAAGCAGGUGCUUUAUUAGCCUCUGCCAAUUCAAUCUUUUCAAUAGAUGCUAAUAAUGCAGAUAAGCCUUACAAAUGUCCAGUCUCCGGAUGUGAUAAAGCAUAUAAAAAUCCAAAUGGACUUAAAUAUCAUAAUCAACAUGGACAUUGUAAUUUAAUUGAAGAUGAUAGUGAUAGUCUUUCUAAACCUUAUCAAUGUACAAUUGGUGAAUGUGGUAAACGAUAUAAGAAUUUAAAUGGACUAAAAUAUCAUAUUGAGCAUUCUCAUAUGGCUGUAUUAAAUCAAACAUUAGCUUCUUUUAGCUCUACUUUAUUUAACUCAUCAAAUGCAUCUUUUUAAAUAACCUUCAUAUUCCCUCCUCCUUUCUCAUUUUUAUCAUAUCAUUUCGUCUUGUAAAUAUAUUUUUAUUAUUAUAUUAUUAUUAUUGUCGAAAACAUAUUUAUAUAUAGUUCAAAGAAAAAAAAAGUAUUACUAUUUAUUGAAUAAAGAGAAAAAAAAAAAAUCAAAUUUUAGAGUCCCUCAGUUGCAUAAAAAUGUAACACGAAAACCAGAGCAAUUAAAGGUCUUUGUCAACAAAGGGAUUCAAAUCUAGAUAUUUACAAAAAAAA